AUGGUUAGAAGCCAAUUGGACGAUUCUGACAGCGAAGAAGACAAGAAUAAGAAGAAGAAAAAGGACAAGAAGAAAAAGAAGAAGAAGGAUAAGGACUCUUGUUCUGACAGCGAGGAAGAUAAGAAAAAGAAGAAGAAGGAUAAGAGGAAGAAAGACAAGAAGAAGAAAAAGGAUGACUCCUCAUCUGGAAGUGAUGAAGAUAAGAUAAAGAAGAAGAAAGAGAAGAAGAAGAAGAAGAAGAAGAAGAAGAAGAAGAAGAAGAAGAAGAAGAAGAAGAAGAAGAAGAAGAAGAAGAAGAAGAAUGUUAUUUGGAGAUGCACAAUAGUGAGGACUCCUGUUCCGAUGUUGAGGGAGAAUCUAAGAAAAAAAACUAAGAAACAAGAAAGAGCUAGAACUUCCAUGUCCGUUGGAAAGGAUCAGCUUGAGCAAAGUGAGGUGUAGAAUCACCGAUGGCAAAGGGCUAGUAAGUAAGCAUUUCAUGGUAAAGUCCACACCAAUUGUAUUUGGGGGAUGUGACAUAUAAAAUGGAAUUUGAUUGGAGACUGCUUGUCUCAAUUACAUAAAAUGUCCUAUGAUUUUCUACCUGCAGCAAACCUAGAGGAUAAUGCCAAAAAUACCGGCUAAAGAAAAAAACUAAAGAAACAACUGGCCCUAAUAUUAGUCUAUGGCCGUGUUCGAGAUCAUCAAAACGACUGCAGGCGACUGCUGACUGACUGAUCUACAAAUCACCUUGCAUCAUAAAUAACAAUUCAUUAUUAU